AUGAACACUUUAAUUGUUUUAUCUGCCCUCGUCGUGGCUGUUGCCCUUUGUGCUCCAGUUGAAGAAUCAUUCGUUAAUUUUUCUGAAGACACGUUGGGAAACUACAAGCUGAAUUUUAAUACUAAAGAUUCAUCUAGAAUCGAAGAAAGGAGUCAAGAUGGAAAAGUGAUUGGCAGUUUCAGUUUCUUGGAUACCGAUGGAGUCAAACACACUGUUUCUUAUGUUGCUGCUGGAGACGGAUUCAAGGCCGAUGGAGCUGAUCUUCCAGUUCCAGUAUCAGACACCCAAGACAUCAUUANNNNCAGCCUCUGCUGUCCCAGAAGAAGAUGCUGA